AUGGCUUUCUACAAAGUGAUCUGUUUGGCUGCUGUGCUGAUGCUGCUGACCCAAGAGUCUAAAUCACAGCUGGAUGUUUGCGGUCAGGCGAGUCUGAACACCAGGAUUGUAGGAGGACAGGCCGCCCCUCCUGGCAGCUGGCCCUGGCAGGUCAGUCUGCAAGAUUCUGAUGGUCACUUCUGUGGAGGAUCCCUCAUUAACAAUCAGUGGGUGCUGUGUGCUGCUCACUGCUUCAAGAGUAUCACUGCAAGUGAUGUGACUGUGUAUCUGGGCCUUCAGAGUCUGCAGGGAUACAACCGCAAUGAAGUGUCUCGGACAGUAACACAGAUCAUCAAACAUCCCAACUACAACUCCGUUACCUCUGACAAUGACAUCGCCCUCCUGAAGCUCUCCUCACCGGUGAAUUUCACUCCCUACAUUGCUCCCGUCUGCCUGGCAGCCUCAGGCAGCACCUUCUACAGUGGCACUAACACCUGGGUCACCGGCUGGGGCGAUACUGGAAGUGGAGUGUCCCUUCCUUCCCCACAAAACCUGAUGGAGGUGGAGGUUCCCAUUGUGGGGAACAGGAAGUGUAACUGUAACUAUGGAGUGAUAUCAAUCACUGACAACAUGGUCUGUGCCGGGUUAUCUGUAGGAGGAAAGGACUCCUGUCAGGGGGAUUCAGGAGGUCCAUUGGUGAUCAAGCAGAACAGUCGCUGGAUUCAGGCGGGAAUCGUCAGUUUUGGGGAAGGUUGUGCCUCGCCGAAUUUCCCAGGAGUCUACACCAGAGUAUCCUGGUACCAGACCUGGAUCAACAGCCAGAUCACCUCCAACCAGCCGGGCUUCAUCACAUUCACAUCUAGUGGGACAGACAGUGACCUGAGUGUCUCCUGCACAGGACUGCCACCACUGACAACCAUCACUACAACAGUCACGCUGCCUCUAACCCCUCCCCAACCAUUAGUCUGUGGGCAAGCUCCAAGGAAUUUUCAUAUUUUGGGAGGAACUUCAGUGCCAACAGCCGGCAUGUGGCCGUGGAUGGCGAGCCUACAGAAGAAUGGAAGGCACGUGUGCGGUGGGACUCUGGUGGCCGUGGACUCAGUGCUGAGCAACGCCAACUGUUUCUCAAGCUCCUCUGUAGCGUCUGAGUGGACUGUCGUGUUGGGUCGUCUGAAUCAAAAUGGAUCCAACCCCUUUGAGGUGACGCUGAAUGUGAAAAAUAUCACUCUGAGCCAGUCAAAUGGGACCAACAUAGCCAUUCUCCAUCUAUCAGCCAGGCCCACCCUGACUGACUACAUCCAGCCUAUCUGCUUGGACAACGGACAAACCUUCUCUGAGGGUUCGGUGUGCUGGUCAGCCGGCUGGAGUCCUGGAAGAGGAGGGGCUGAACAAGUUCUGCAGGAGUUUCAGACCUCUGUGGUAAAUUGUGGGAAUGCAUCAUCGAGUGAGAACAUCUGUACAGGAUCUUUUACUCUGGAGCAGGGUGAUUCUGGCGGCCCGCUGAUGUGUAAGCAGGACGGGUCUUGGUUCCAGAUGGCCGUGUUAACAGCUCGAAGCACCUCCACCAGGAAAAGACGAGACACUGCAGUGAUGAGCUUCACCAGAGUGAGCAGCUUUGACACCUUCCUCACUGAGACGUUAGGAACAUGGUUGUCUCCAGCUUCCAACACCACUAAAACCAAACCCAACACCAAUACCACCAACACCCCCAAUAACACCACCAAUGUCACCACCAUGGCCAUCACACCCCCAACUGUAUUGCAAACCAGUGGGUCCCCUUCUGCUCACUCCCUCAUCUUCAUGUUCCUCCAUUUCCUCAGUCUCACCUUGUGUCUCCAACUCUUCCUGUAG